CCCAAUGGAACUACACUUCCUCCUCCUCCUCGUCUUCUCUCUCCUCUUUCUCUCUCUAGCCCUCCUUCUGUUCAAACCCAGACUCCUGUGCGACUGCGAAAUCUGCCGCGCCUACAUGACGUCAUCCUGGUCGGAAAAUUACCUCAACCUCUGCGACUGGUACUCCGAUCUCCUCCGCCGGUCUCCGACCAAGACCAUCCACAUCCACGUCCUCGGCAACACCGUCACCGCCAAUCCCGACAACGUCGAGUACAUUCUCAACACCAAUUUCGACAACUUCCCCAAGGGCAAAAACUUCUCCGCCAUUCUCGCCGAUUUUCUCGGCCGCGGAAUCUUCAAUGUCGACGGCGAUCUGUGGCGCUUCCAGAAGAAAAUGGCCCUUCUCGAGCUCGCCCACCACUCCGUUAGAUCCUACGGCUUCGAGAUCGUUUGCCACGAGAUUCGGAGCCGCCUCGUCCCGCUUCUCCAAUCGGUCGCCGGAAAGGGCGACGGCGGGGGCUUGGAUUUGCAAGACGUGUUUAGGAGAUUUGCUUUUGAUUGUAUUUGUAAAUUUUCGUUUGGGUUGGAUCCUAUGUGCUUGGAGCUGUCUCUUCCGAUGUCGGAUUUUGCUGUCGCUUUUGAUGCUGCUUCCAAGCUUUCCGCUGAGAGAGCCAUGGCGGUCCCGCCGGUCUUGUGGAAAAUCAAGCGGAUUCUCAACUUAGGGAGCGAGAGGGAAUUAAAGCAAUCAAUGAAGUUGAUCAACAUGUUGGCCGGAGAAGUGAUCCGGCAGAGAAGAAAAAUGGGAUUUUCGACCCACAGAGAUCUGCUCUCUCAGUUCAUGAGAACAGUUUCCGACGAAACUUUCUUACGGGACAUCGUCGUCAGCUUCCUUUUGGCCGGACUCAAAUUUUAUACUCCUUGGACGUGA